AUGCCCAACCAAGACGGCUACCGGCUAGGAGCCGACGUAGGCGGCACAUUCACCGAUGUCUACGCUUUCACCCCCGACAACCAAGUGGCGCGCGCCAAAGUGCCAACAACAGUCGAAGACCAGAGUAUCGGAAUCAAGAACGGCAUCCGAAAGGUGCAGCAGGCCCUCAAGGAGCGCUUCGCCUGGGAUGGCAAGUUCCAGUUCAUCCACCACGGCACCACGGUCGCCACGAAUGCCGUGCUUGAGGGGAAGGGCGCGAAAACUGGUCUCAUCGUCACGGCCGGACACAAGGACAUCCUUGCUGUGCGGCGGUCGCAGAUCCCGGGAGGCCUGGGGGCUUGGCUGCACUACACACCGCCGGAUCCGAUCGUGCCGCUAGAAAGAGUGAUACAGUGUCAGGAGCGGAUGAGUGUGGAUGGGGAGGGUGUUGUUGGAGUUGAUGUUGAUGCGUUGAGAAAGGAUUUGAAGAGUUGGGUUGGUGACGAACGACCUGAUGCUGUGGCGAUCUCGUUGCUCAACUCGCACUGUAACAGUGAGCAUGAGGUCUUGGUAGCGGGGAUUGUGAGAGAAGUGCUUGGUGACGGUGUGACGAUUAUUUCGUCGAGUGAUGUGCUAAGGGAGGUGGGCGAGUAUGAGCGGACGCUGACGACCUGCACCAAUGCGCUUGUCAAGCCUGUUGUUCAGACCUACCUCAGUAACCUGCAAGACCUACUUGCCGAAGACGGGAACACCAUCCGCAUUCUCAAGUCGGACGGUGGCUUGACGAGCUUAGGGCUGGCAGGGGAGCUGCCGGUGAACAUCCUUAUGUCUGGUCCUGCGGGAGGCGUGCAGGGAGUUGCGGAUGUCGUCACGCGAAAUACGCCGUACAAGAACUUGAUUACCUUCGACAUGGGCGGAACUUCAACAGACGUUGCAAUCAUCCACCAGGGCAAGCCCCAGCUCCGGCGUGAGACAGUCGUAGGCUCGCUGACCGUCCGCUCGCCGGCCGUCGACAUUCGAACUGUCGGUGCAGGAGGUGGUUCCAUCGCCAAGUACAUGAGCAUCACAGAGACCAUGAGAGUCGGUCCGGAGAGUGCAGGCGCCACUCCGGGUCCUGCUUGUUACAACAAAGGUGGAAAGGAGCCCACUGUAUCAGACGCCAAUCUCGUGCUCGGAUACCUGCCGGAGAACCUGCUUGGGGGCGAAUUCAACCUGAACACAGAAGCUGCAAUGGCCGCUGUAGGGGAUAUUGCGGAACAGAUGAAGCUGUCGGUAACCCAAACCGCCGAGGACAUUGUCAACUUGGUCAACGAGACCAUGUAUGGAGCUCUGCGCCUGGUCUCUGUCGAACAGGGCUAUGACCCGAAGGAGUUUGCUCUUGUUGCCUUCGGAGGUGCAGGUCCCCUCCAUGCCAACGCCGUCGGCAAGCUACUCGGAGCCUGGCCGGUCAUUGUUCCCCCGUCGCCAGGAACCCUGUGUGCCCUAGGUGAUGCCACUACAAGGCUGAGCCACUCCCAGUCACUGUCUUUCAUCCGCCUCCUCUCGGCUACAACCGCGAAGCAGGUCAAAGAGCGGUUCGACGAGCUAGAGGCAACCUGCAAGGAUACCAUGACAAGCUCAAACGGCGGCCAGACCAUGCCGCUCAACAUCAGCUACCAUCUUGAUCUGCGAUACCGCGGCCAAGCAUUGAACUUGACCGUCGAGCUAGAGGCUCAAGACCUACUGCUGACAGACGGGCCGUGGAGAGAGCUCCUACAAGCGAAAUUCGACCAGCUCCACGAGCAGCAGUUCAAGUACUGCCUCCCCAACUUCGAGCUUGAGCUGAUGCGUCUGGAAGUUGUUUCGUCCGACGCUUCCCCUGGCAUUGACAUUCCUCAACUGGCCAAGGCCGAGUCCACUGAACCCCCUGCCGAUGCACUGGUUUCGAAGAAGCAGAUCGUUGUGAAGGGGCAAACAAUGGAAGCCACGCUGUGGGAUCGUGAGAAGAUCAGUCGCCAAGGCGUGCGGGUGGAGGGUCCCUGUAUCAUCACUGAAAUGGACAGCAACACCCUGAUCCUUCCCGGGUGCUAUGGUGAGAUCGACUCGAUUGGCAACAUCCUCAUCCGUCCCUCUGAAGAGACACCUAAAGAGCAAUCAAAAGAUGAGACUGCAGAGGCGGCCCUUGAGAUUGUGCAGUCGACUCCGCUGAUACCUACUCUGGUCGCUUCUGCCCUAGCCUCCAUCCGCAGCGAGAUGGACACUCUCAUGCUGCGCUGCAGUAUGUCCCCUGCCAUCCGUGAACAGCAGGACGAAUUCAAUGUUAUCACCACCGCCGAGGGCAAGAUGCUUGUUGGCCAAUUUGGCAGCUUCAUCACUCAGUUCCUUCGAGCGUGGAAAGGAACGAUUGAAGAAGGCGAUGUAUUUAUCACCAACGACACGUACAUGAUCGAAGGAGCCGUGACCCACUUGAACGACGUGAUUGUCCUCUUGCCCAUCUUUUACGAGCACAGGUUGAUUGGCUGGGCUUCGCAAUUCGGACACUUGACCGACGUGGGUGGAAUCGUCCCAGGCAGCAUGUCCAUCAACGCCUCGUCCAUCUUCGACGACGGCGUCCAGAUUCCCUGUAUCAAGCUCUACGCAAAGGGCGCCAUGAACACGGACGUGGUCGACCUGCUGUGCCGCAACUCCCGACAGCCCGACUGGUACAGAUCCGACCUGAUGGCCAUCAUUGCCGCAUGCCGAACAGCUUCCAGCCGUGUCUGCGAGCUCGUGGUCAGAUUCGGAUGCGAGAUCUACAUUGCCGCCUGCAACGAGCUCCUCUUACGCAACCGCACCGCAAUGGUCAAGAUCAUCGAAUCGGACUUUGGCGACGAGCCAAGCACAUUCACCGACUUCGUCGACGACGACGGCCACGGGGUCGGACCCUGGGCGUUGACCUGCACAAUGACCAAGAUCGAAGGCAACCGCCUGCUGUUCGACUGGAGCGGGACCUCGCCGCAAAGCGACCACAGCAUCAACUUCUACCUGUCCGAGACCAUGUUCCGCAUGUUCAUCGGCUACUACAUGAUCGCCUCUGCAGCACCCGGCACAGUCAUCAACGACGGCUUCCACGACCUGAUCGACAUCCACAUCCCACAGGGCACGAUCCUGAAACCCGUUCGGCCUGCGCCCAUCUCAUGCCGUACGCACAUGAUGGGUCGAACGAUGGACGUCAUGCAAGCCCUCAUUGGCAUGAAGAACAAAGACUACGCCGCCGCCGCGGGUUUCAGCGACUCCCCUCAUUUCUUCUACUCCGGCUACAAGCCAGACGGAGAAUGGUACCAGCUGUACCAGAUUGGGUUCGGUGGUGUCCCUGCACGCAAUGCAGGCGAUGGUCUUGACUGCCACUGUCUCUUCCCGGCCAUCAAGUCGAUUCCCACGGAGAUCAUCGAGCUGAACUACCCGCUCCGCAUCGAAGCCAACGAGAGUGUACCGGACAGCGGUGGUGCAGGCUUCUACCGCGGUGGCAACGCACAGCGCACAAACUACCGCUUCCUAGCCCGCGGUGAGUUUAGCAUCCACGAUGACCGGUGGUUCACGAAGCCGUGGGGUAUCCGUGGCGGAAAGCCAGGUGCCCGGUCUCGGAAAAUCCUGUAUCGAUACUCCAAGUCGCAGGAUGCUCCGCCGGUCGAGGUGCUGCCCUCCAAGUGUGACCACAUCCGCGUUGACCCCGGUGAUCUGCUCGAGUGGAUUACUUGGGGAGGCGGUGGUCUUGGAGAUCCGUUGACCAGACCUGCGGAGAAGGUGGCGCUGGAGGUUCGGCGGCGCUUGGUGACAAUCCAGGGUGCUCGUGACAACUACGGUGUGGUGGUCAAUCCUGAGAGUCUUGCUGCUGAUGAAGCAGAGACUGAAGCCUUGAGGAAGCGCAUCAUGGCUGCUCGGGGCAAGGUGGACCAGGGGUAUGAUCGGGGCGGCAGCCUGGAGGAACUGGCAGAGUCGUGCCUGAAGGAGACGGGGCUUGCUCCCCCCAGUCCGCAGUGGGAGCAGGAGCUGUAUGGGCCGCACGUGGCCCUUCCCUAUGUCCAGGACUGGUAUUCGCUCAUGAAGAAGGUCAAAGGGUGGGGGCUGUAG